AUGGUGGUGGGCCGUUUCCUGGUCACCAAGCACUUCCUGCCCUUGAUCAAAAACGACGGGACCGGAAAGCUGAUCUACAUCACUUCCAAAUCUGUGAGUAUUAGUGCCCCAGACCAUCACGGGGAAGUCACCGGUUACGGCAUGGCCAAAGCUGCAGCCAACCAGCAACUCAAGAGCCUGGCACUCGAUUUUCAGCGUGACAAUGUCCCCAUCACCACACUAGCCUUCGAACCCGGCUUCAUCAAAACCAAGCUCACGGGUUGGCUCGGUCGAGUCGAUAUUGAGGAAGCGUGCACUGGCAUGGUGGACAUCAUUGAGAAGUUGAGCCCCGACAUGUCUGGGUUGUUCAUGAACUGGAAUGGCAAAACCAUUCCUUGGUCGGGAGGUCGGCAAAUGUCGAGCGACUCGAACAGAAGAGUUGUGCUGGAAUCCAGCAGUAGCACACGUGAAUGA